GCGGCCGCCGUGUCCCCCACCGCGCCCCGUCCUCCCGCACCGCCUAUGGCAAAACUCGUAGGCGGUCCCCAGCAACCGCCGAGCAGCGGUGACCAAUUGACAGCGGAUCUAUCAAACAGACGGCUGCCUUGACCAAUGGUAGUAGAAAGGCGGGCGUGUGCAUGAUUGGCGGCCAGAUUUCUCCAUUGAAAACUGGGGGCGUGGGUGGGCGGAGCCGGAAGUAGAGCCAGACGAGAGGCCUCUGUCCACCAGGGGCGGAGAGAAGGGGGAGGGAACUAGAGGAGGAGGAGGUUAGCCGAGGCUGCUACGGCGGCGGCGGCGGCGGCGGCGCAGGGGCUGGUACGCGCUGGGCGGCGAGAGCCUCAUGGCGGAGGAAGAGAGCGAUCAAGAGGCCGAACGCCUCGGAGAAGAGCUCGUGGCCAUUGUGGAGUCCCCGCCAGGCCCUGCGGGGCUUAGAGUUGCGGGCGACGGCAACGACGGCACCGGCGACAGCAGCUGCGGUGGCGGCGUCGUCGGGAUCAGCAGUCGGGAUUACUGCCGACGCUUCUGUCAGGUGGUUGAAGAUUAUGCUGGAAGAUGGCAAGUCCCUUUGCCCCAACUUCAAGUUCUUCAGACUGCACUUUCCUGUUUUACAUCAGCUAGUGCAUCAUUCCCAGAUGAAUGUGAGCACGUACAAUAUGUUUUGAGUAGCCUUGCCUUGAGUUUCUUUGAGUUGCUGCUUUUCUUUGGGAGAGAUGAGUUUUAUGAAGAGCCCUUAAAGGAUAUUCUUGGAUCAUUCCAGGAAUGCCAGAAUCACCUCCGCAGAUAUGGAAAUGUGAAUCUGGAACUGGUGACUCGAAUCAUUAGAGAUGGUGGCCCAUGGGAAGAUCCAGUGUUGCAAGCUGUUCUUAAAGCCCAGCCAGCAUCUCAGGAGAUAGUGAACAAAUACUUAAGUUCGGAAAAUCCACUAUUCUUUGAACUACGUGCCAGAUACCUAAUUGCUUGUGAACGCAUACCAGAAGCAAUGGCUCUUAUUAAAUCUUGUAUAAAUCACCCAGAAAUCAGCAAAGACUUAUAUUUUCAUCAAGCACUCUUCACAUGUCUAUUUAUGUCGCCUGUAGAAGAACAGCUAUUCCGGGAGCAUUUAUUGAAAACUGAUUGUAAGAGUGGAAUUGAUAUCAUCUGUAAUACUGAAAAAGAAGGAAAGACUAUGUUAGCCUUGCAACUCUGCGAAUCUUUUCUUAUUUCACAGCUCCAAAAUGGAGAUAUGUAUUGUAUUUGGGAGUUGAUUUUCAUAUGGAGUAAACUUCAGCUUAAGUCUAAUCCUUCAAAACAAGUUUUUGUAGAUCAAUGCUACCAGCUUUUAAGAACAGCAACUAAUGUGAGAGUCAUAUUUCCUUUCAUGAAAAUCAUUAAAGAUGAGGUUGAAGAAGAAGGCUUACAAAUUUGUGUUGAAAUAUGUGGUUGUGCUCUACAACUAGACCUUCAUGAUGAUCCCAAAACUAAGUGUCUAAUUUAUAAAACAAUCGCACAUUUCUUGCCAAAUGAUUUGGAAAUCCUCAGGAUUUGUGCACUCUCAAUAUUUUUUCUUGAGCGCUCCUUGGAAGCUUAUCACACUGUUGAAGAGCUUUACAAAUGUCCAGAUGAAGAAUAUAAUGAAGGCACCAGUAGUGUUCAAAAUCGUGUUCGUUUUGAAUUACUUCCUAUUUUGAAAAAGGGAUUGUUUUUUGAUCCUGAAUUCUGGAACUUCGUAAUGAUUAAGAAAAACUGUGUAGCAUUACUGAGUGAUAAAUCAGCAAUCAAAUUUCUAAAUGAAAAUACACUGGAAAAUUCUAUAGGUAAUCUAAAAAAGACAGUGGGACAGAAAGGUUUAGAUGAAGGUGUUGAUUCUUUUAUAGAUCAGAGCACUGGAGAGCUUGAUCCUGAUGAUAUAUCUGGAGUACAACCUAAAGGCCAUGUUAACACAAAGAAAAACCUUACUGCUUUUAACACUUCUAAAGUAGACCACAGUGUCCCAAGGCAUCGGUGUAUGUUAUGUAACAAGGAAUUUCUAGGCGGUCACAUUGUGAGGCAUGCCCAGGCUCAUCAGAAAAAGGGCAGUUUUUCCUGUGUAAUAUGUGGUAGGAAAUUUAGAAACAGAGGACUUAUGCAGAAGCAUUUAAAGAAUCAUGUUAAAAAAAUACAAAGACAUCAAAUUGCUGUAGCUCAACAGGAGGAUCAGGAAACUCCUGCUUUGGAAGAAAUAAACUUUUCCAAUUCUUCAAUUUCAUUUGAAAACGGGGAUUUUUAUAAUAAAGAUUUGGAAAUACCAACUAUUAAUACUUCCAAUGAUGGAAACGAAGAAGUCAUCCCUCAGCAUGUGGCUGAAUUCACUGAAAUUCCCAUAAGUGUAUCAGAAGAUGUCAUUGAAAACAUUGAAAAUGGCAGUCCUGACACUUAUAUAAAUAACGUAUUGGAACCUUUACCUGUAUGUGAGGAUGACUAUGAGGAGGAAGAGGAGGAAGAAGGUGAUUAUGAAGAAGAUGAUUAUGACCUGAAUCAAGAAACUCCAGCACUUCAUAAAAUUAAUGGAAGUUUAUGCCAUCCAAAAGACAUAUAUGAUAUAGAUCAAAAAGGAAACUUUAAGUGCCCUGCUCUUGGUUGUGUCAGGAUAUUUAAAAGAAUUGGAUUUCUCAAUAAACAUGCAAGGACUGCACAUCCAACUGACUUAAAUGUGCGGCAAACGGUAAUGAAGUGGAGCAAAGGAAAAUGCAAAUUUUGUCAAAGGCAGUUUGAAGAUUCUCAGCAUUUUAUAGAUCACCUUAAUAGACACAGCUAUCCAAAUGUGUAUUUUUGUUUGCAUUUUAAUUGCAAUGAGUCAUUUAAGCUGCCAUUCCAGCUUGCUCAGCACACAAAAAGUCACAGGAUAUUUCAGGCCCAGUGUAGUUUUCCAGAAUGCCAUGAGCUUUUUGAAGAUCUUCCUCUGCUAUAUGAACAUGAAGCUCAGCACUAUUUAAGUAAAACACCGGAAUCAUCUGCACAACCAAGAGAAGCAACUGCUUGGGAUGUUCUUACAGACUCAAAUAAUAGUUAUCAGGAAAAAGACUCAUUUAGUAAUGAGAAACAAGCUAUUAGCCUUCCAGUUUUUACUAGCAAAUCAAGGAAAGAUUCUACAGAACCAAAGACAUGUAUAGAAAGUAUGGAAAAGAAGACAGACAAUUUAGUUCAGAAUGGAAAUGAACAUUCUGAUGACACUGUUUCUGAUAUAAGCUUGACAGACCAAAAGAUGCCUGACCUAGAGCCAAAUUCUGAAAAUAAUUGUAGUAUUAUUGAUUUAGUCAAUGGACACAGUGGAAUAGAACAGACGCCUUUAGUUUCAUCAGGUUCUACUUUGAAAAUUGAUACAAAUAGAAUCAGAACAGAAAAUGGUUCCAUUUUACCCAAUGUUGUACCACAAGAACACAGUACCCUGCCCGUAUCUCAGGCACCAUCCAAACCAAAUCUGACAAGUGAACAUACUUCAUAUGGCUUAAUUUUAUCAAAGCCAUAUGUCAGACCAUUGCCUCCCAGUUACCUUGAUGAACGGUACCUUAGUAUGCCAAAACGCAGAAAAUUUCUGACUGAUAGGAUAGAUGCCUGUUCUGAUCAAGAUAACAUUUGUAAAAAAUCAAUGAAAAGAUUAAGAUGUGGCAAAUGCCUGACCACCUACUGUAAUGCAGAAGCACUUGAGGCUCACCGUGCACAAAAGAAAUGUCAGGCACUCUUUGGAUUUGAUUCAGAUGAUGAAAGUAAGUCUUCUAUCUUCUCAGUAGGAAUAUCUAUAGAAAUAGAAAAUGCCAUAGGUCAGUGGUCGGCAAACACAUUAGUCAACAGAGCCAAAUAUCAACAGUACAACGAUUGAAAUUUCUUUUGAGAGCCAAAUUUUUAAAACUUAAACUUCUUCUAACGCCACUUCUUCAAAAUAGACUUGCCCAGGCCGUGGUAUUUUGUGGAAGAGCCACACUCAAGGGGCCAAAGAGCCGCAUGUGGCUCGCGAGCUGCAGUUUGCCAACCACGGCCAUAGGUCUUUAAAGUUAAAUUAACAUUUGCAUAGCAUCCUAUAUAAUAAAACCAUAAUAUGCAAA